CUGUAACCUAAUGAUAUGAACAAAUUGUCUCGAACCCCAUUUCUCAGUACAAACAAUCCCAGCGUAAAAUUACCGGAGAAAUUCAACAGAAAUUUCCAUUGCUUCUGAUAAUCAAUCAGGCUUGUUUAGGGCCGGUGUAACCUGUUUUAGACCCGUUCAGAGGAUCUUAGGCCGGAAUUUCGCUUGAAAACGGCCUGACUGCCUGAGAAUGUGCUUAUCCAGUUGAAUUCUGCAUCUUUGUUGUCAACAUCGGCUUAAUUUCAGUAGUUAUAUUAGUCAAAAGCUCAUGUCUAACAACUAUGACGAACCUCUGCCUCCUGGUGUUCAGUUACCGAAUUCUGCACCACAGUUAUUAUCUUCAAAUCAAUCUGCCCAACCGCAUCCUCAGCAAUAUCAAAAUUAUAGUAACGUACACCAACAUAAUUACUAUUCUGAAAACAAUCUUUACCAGAAUUACCCUUCUAAUGUGGCCCACACUCCUCCCUCUGGAAACUUUCAUCCACAAUAUAGCUCACCUCAACCUACGCUCUAUGCACCUCCAAUGAAUGCUCAACAAGAUCAUGUUUCAAAGGCACAAGAGGAAACCGGUUGUCAUGAUAUUGAAACUGCUGCUCAGGAUGCUGUGCUACGUGAACAAGAAAUUGUGACUCAGAAAGUUAUACUUGAUCAAAGAGAAGCUAGGGCUGCAACUGGAUCACAUGAAGAGAACUCAGACAUUUUCGCAGGGCGGCAUGAUCCUAAUGCUAUAAAGGAACAUCUACUGAAGAUAACAACAGAUCAUCGUUCUCAGAUGGCACUAAAGCGUGGCAAACCUGCCUCUUCAGAAGCUAAUGUGGAGAUUGGGAAUGGGUACGGUGUACCUGGUGGAGGAGCUUAUUACACUGCUUCAAGGACUGAGACUAUUCCACCUGGAAGCAACGGCAAUGAAAGACAUGAACCUGGCCAAAAUAUUUCUGAACAGUCUAGACAGAAACCUAAUACCAAUGAUUUACCGGAGUUCCUUAAGCAAAAAUUGAGGGCUAGGGGAAUUCUAAAAGACGAGCCAGCCAAGGAUACUACUACAUCUGAUAAUAAUUUGAAUCAAGUUAAACAAUCACCUGAAAUCACGGUGCCUUCGACAUUACCACCAGGAUGGAUAGAAUCCAGGGACCCAACAACGGGUUGUGUAUUCUACUACAAUGAAAAAUCCGGAAUAAGCCAGUGGGAAAAGCCUGUGGGGCCGUCCAUGAACUCACAGCCACAAUCAUCUUCAGCUCUUCUAGAAGACUGGCAAGAGGUACUGGAUGAGACAAGUGGUUGUAAAUAUUACUACAACUCAAAAACCAACGUAUCACAAUGGGAGCACCCUGGUUCAUCACAAAAGUCAGCAUCUGGUCAACAGGCCAACGUAGAUUCUAGAGACGUUUCAAAUCCUAAAUCCAGUGACCACUCGUUAGAGCUAAAGAAAUGUUCGGGAUGUGGUGGUUGGGGAUUAGACCUUGUACAGUCAUGGGGUUAUUGUUGUCAUUGCACACGGGUCCUUGACCUUCCAGAACGCCAAUAUCUGUCUAUGAUUGCAGCAAGUCAGCAUAACGGGACUAAUUCUAAGUCAAGGUCAACCAUGAAACCCCCAGUAGGAAAAGGAAAUAAAAAAGAAAGCAGAAAACGUGCUCAUACUGAAGAUGAUGAAUUGGAUCCAAUGGAUCCAAGUUCAUAUUCAGAUGCUCCACGUGGCGGCUGGGUUGUUGGCCUUAAAGGGGUACAGCCACGAGCGGCGGAUACUACUGCAACGGGUCCUUUGUUUCAACAACGACCUUAUCCAUCACCUGGUGCAGUUCUAAGGAAAAAUGCUGAAAUCGCUUCGCAGAGAAAGAACCCUGGUUCUAACUAUGCCCCGAUCUCUAAAAGAGGAGACGGAAGUGAUGGCCUUGGAGAUGCUGAUUAAACAAAAUCUUUAUCUCGGAAGAUUGAUGUCAUUUCCUUGGUUUUUGAUCUUUCAAAUAUAGGCUGCUUUAAUUUGAGUCAUUUGCUGCUUGAAGAUCUUUUGAUUUAAACAUAUGAUUAGCAGAGCAUACGGUAGUCGAGCUUAUACGAGUGGCGUUGUGUCUUGAAAGUUUAAUGAUGUUCUUUGGCUUCCAGGUAACCAACCUCGUUUAUUAUUAAAGCUAGUUUUCCAUCUUGUUUACAAAAUAAUUUUGGAUGUAUUCAUAUAUGCACGAGAUGCGUCUUGUUGGUGUGGAUGCAACAUGGCGACCAUUGUAUCGUCUUUCUCUUAGGAUGCAAGCAUAGCGUCACGUAAGGACACGCAUUCACUUCCAAAGGAAGCGGCGUAGCGAGCGUGACAAGCCUAUAAAUGUGGUGAGAGAGUUGGUUGGGAGAGAAAUGAGGAAUCAAAUCUUUUGUAUUUUGCGUCAUCUAAAACAAGGAUACUUGAUUGCAGGAUGUUAGUUGACCAUUAUUAAUAACCAUUACCAACCUCUCUUAACAGGUUUUAA